UCAGAGUUUAAGGCUCCUCUCCCAUAGAGCAACUCUGCCCAGCCCAAGCAAACCAGCUUUGGGACUUUGAAUGAACAUAUUUACAUCAACCUCUCUCUUCAUGUCGACUUCUCUGGAAACAUUCACACGGAUGCCAUGGUUACUCCUACCACGAUCUUACAGGUGAACAAGGUGAUGUCCAUCUUGUUUUAUGUGAUAUUUCUUGCUUAUCUUCGUGGCAUCCAAUCUACCAACAUGGAUCAAAGGAGUCUGCCAGAAGAGUCGAUAAAUUCUCUCAUUAUUAAACUCAUUCAGGCAGACAUUUUGAAAAACAAACUCUCCAAGCAGAUGGUAGAUAUCAAGGAAAACUAUCAAAACACUAUGCAGAAAACAGAGUCUCAGCAGGACGUGGAUGGAGUUGAAAAUGUGAAAUCAGACUUCCAGCCAGUUAUCCCAAUGGAUGCAGAACUAUUAAGGCACCAGAAACGCUACAGUUCUCCCCGGGUCCUCUUGAGUGACAAUACCCCAUUGGAACCUCCACCUUUGUAUCUCAUGGAAGAUUAUAUUGGAAAUUCUGUAGUGGUGAACAGAACCUCCAGGAGGAAAAGGUAUGCAGAACAUAAGAGCCAUCGAGGGGAAUAUUCUGUAUGUGACAGUGAAAGUUUAUGGGUCACGGACAAAUCAUCCGCUAUCGACAUUAGAGGACACCAGGUAACAGUGCUAGGAGAAAUUAAAACAGGCAACUCUCCCGUCAAACAAUAUUUUUACGAAACAAGGUGUAAAGCAGCCAAACCGGUAAAAAAUGGCUGCCGUGGCAUUGAUGAUAAACACUGGAACUCCCAGUGCAAAACAUCCCAAACGUAUGUAAGAGCACUGACUUCGGAAAACAAUAAACUCGUAGGCUGGCGAUGGAUAAGAAUAGACACAUCCUGCGUGUGUGCGUUGUCGAGAAAAAUAGGACGAACAUAAGUCUGCAUUUCUUUGCUAUAUAAAUUAUUACUUUAAAUUAUAUGAUAUGCAUGUAGCAUAUAAAUGUUUAUAUGGUUUUAUAUAUUAUAAGUUGACCUUAUUUAUUAAACUUCAGCAAACCUACAGUAUAUAAGCUUUCUCUCUCAAUAAAUAGGAGUAAAAUGGCAUGUGCCUCAGCUGUGGGCAGCUGCAGUUUUAUUAGAAUAUGUUUGUGACUCUGCUUAGCAGCAGCAUACCAUAAUCUUACUGUAAAAUCUGUGUAACGUCAGUAUUUUUCAUUCAGUAUUGUCAAGUCAGUGACUGUCAUUUAGUAAACUUGUUAAAAAUCAGAUAAAUGUCAAGAGUUGUGUACCCAUUUCUAUCCCCUGCUAUAUAUUUUCACAAGACAAAGUAGGCUAGGGAAUAGAUUUUAUUGGAGCAACUUCUGCUAGUGGAAAAAAAGACAAGCUUUUGAGCUACACAGAGUUCUUCUUCAGGCCCAGACCUGAAGAAGAACUCUGUGUAUGUCAAAAGCUUCUCCCUUUCACCAACAGAAGUUGCUCCAAUAAAACGUAUUACCUCACCCAACUUGUCUCUCUAAUAUCCUGGGACCAACACAGCAGCAACAACACUGCAAACCACAUAUAUUUUCAUAUUUAAUUAAAAGUGUUAAUUUCUCACCACUGAAAGGAAAACAACAUGGCCUACAGCUAACAUUAACAUUCCAGCCACUGACUAGCUGUAAAAUACGUUUUCUGUACGUCAUGCCAGUUUUGCCACUACAAUUACUGUUGUUUUUCCUCUGUUAGCGUUCCAGAACUGCUGCUAAUAACCCAGCAAUUUUACUUUAGGUUUUUGAAGCACAUUUGUUUUGUAACUGGUUUUUAAUGCUGCCAAUUCCUUUUAGAAGUAAUAGGAAAAAAUCUAAAAUAUUUGUAACAGAACCUUACCAAUGCCAAGAAGCAAUCUAAGUGGAUCAUUAAUAUAAUAUAUAAAAGAUGAUUUCUUUAGAGUAUACUAUUUAUUGUGAUCAGGUUCCUCCUCUCCAAUAAUCUGUUAACUCUGCUGCAUCGUUACAUUGUUUCUAUCUGCCUGGGGUUUUUAAAUUAGAAACAAAACCGUUGGUGUCUUAACUUUAAAAGAAGCUUGGGUUUAGAGUUCUAGGAAAGAAGAAUACAAUCUUGGAGUGGAUGUCAAAGCUGCACUUUCAUUCAAAGCUGCAGUGCUGGUCAGCAUCAAUUGCCGAUUUUUCAUGGAGAAAAACAUCUGUAGAAAUGCUCAGCAAACCUGGUAUUUUAUGGAGGAUCGUUGAAGAAUUACUGUUUUCUGUGUGGCAUGCGAUUAAGAAUCAGGUUCUCAAGUAGGCAAUAGUUAAAAUGAAACUGCAGUGUCAUACAGACGAGUUAACACUUACAAAAAAAAAUAAAUGGACCGCUGUAUACCUCACACAGACAUUUCUAAAUUCUGUGCACAAAACUUGUUCUAUUCUUUGCAUUAUUAUGUAGAAGCAACAUAAAUAUGCAUUGAGCAAAAACUUUAGCCAUUGUAAAAUGGAGCAGCUCCAUGGAAGACAGUGUAAACCACAUUAUACCAUAUAAUGGACCAGACCUUACUUUCAUUAAAGCAUAUGGAAGUUUAGUCACUGACAUCAAUGGUCUGCGCAAGAUUAAGCUCCCUAUAUUAUCUAUAUCAGGUUGGAUCUUAAGAAUAACACAACCAGAGAGUCAGAAACUGCCCCCAAUUUAAUAGGGAUCACAAUUGCAAUGUACCACGUUCAAAUUGUUAAAUGAGCACUCUCCUUUGCAUUCAACUUUCAUAAAUUAAAAAAAAAAAAAAAAAAAGAGCCACAGCACCAAAACAGUAGGUGGCCUGAUGGCUUUGUACCUAUAUCUUUUCACCACUGACAACCAGGUUCAAAUCCUCAAUAAGUCACAAGAGGAAAUGAAUUGGGUGGUCUCUCUAAUCCCCUAUGGACAGUGUAACACAUCAUAAAAACACUGCAGAACUGGUCCAGAUUGCUCAUGAGGCCAAGGAUUGGAAUACACCAGCAGGACUGUGUGAGGAUGAUUGUACACAGAGCCUGACAGCAUUAGGUGUGGCUCCCACUAGACCCCUGAUCUUAUAAGGUGCAAAAAACUCUCAGGUCCCCAGUCGGGUUGCUCAGUACCUCACAGGAGGCAUCCAGCACUUUGCAGGAUUAAACCCUAAAUUCACCUUUCUCUCCUCAAGCAAUAGAGGUUCUGUACCACGAUGAUCAUUAAAGCAUAGGAUCUGGUUUAUAUGGUGAGAAAGUCGUGGCUUGUCUGAGACCAGUUAGCGCACGGCAAGUUGGGAUAUAAAUGAACAGUGCACUAGCCUGCGAGCACAAACAUCUGUGUAGACCUCGCUGCCGGUCAACUAAAAGUUCUUCUGUGCACUUUGAUCUACUCCCAUUUCAAAGUGAGGGUGAUCAAAGGGCACUAUAGAACUUUUAGUGCACAGUAGCAGGGUCCAUAUCAAUGGUUAGUGUGCGGCAAGCUACUGCAAGGUAGGUGUAUACCCCAGCUUGCUGUGUGCUAACUGUUCAUCUAGACAAGCCCUCCAUAUCUCACA